AUGAUUAAUAAGAGAGCAAAAAAAUAUUUAUUGGGCAUAGAAAACAAGUCGACUUUGAAAAAAAACUCGAUAAAGGAAAGAAGCAUUGACUUAAUAAUUACUUCCCCUCCUUAUAACUUGACCGGUAGAUUAUGUCUCAAUAUCCCUCUUGAUAAAAAUAAAAACGGAAAAAAUAGUGUUUAUGCCGACAUUACCGCAAUUGCUAAAAAAGAAGUUGGGCGUCAUCUUCAGCACCUUCUAUUAUUUCCCCGGUGGAAGUUAUUGUUGUUUUCUACAAAGGAGAAUGAAAAAAGAUGGAAAAAGGAAUAUCGGACAUUAGCGGAAAAGAGUUUGUGGAAUGAACUAAUGGAAUGUGAACUUUUUCGGGCGAAAAUCCAAAAAGACGGAACUACUUUAAUUGAAGCGAUUAAUAACCAACGUUAUGCUUUGGGAUUAGAAAUUAACCAAGGAUAUAUUAAAAACAGUUUGGAAAGAAUGAAAAAAGAGUGCCUAGUAGAAAAAAGAAAAAUUUCGGAAAAUAGUAAUAACAAAGCUAGUGUUGAAGUUGAAAUUAAAAAGAUAAUUAAAAGAGUUAACGAAAAAAAUAGAGCAAUUGAAACUUACUAUAAAGUUUUUGGUGAAAAGUGGGGCGAGAGUAUUAACUCUCCUUCGGAGUUCAUAAGUUUUGUUCCUAAUGCCAACUAUGAUAUUGCUUUGUAUAACUCGGAAGGCUAUCCAAUUGUUUUAAGUAUCAAAACUUCCUUACGAGAAAGAUAUAAGCAAGCCGAUUUGGAAGGGAUGGCUUUGAAAAACGUGCAUCGUCGAGCCAAAAGCUAUCUAAUUACUUUAAGUGCCAAAGAAUACGAGGGAGUAAAAAGGAAAAUUAAAGAAGGAGAUGUAGCAGGACUGGAUGAAAUAAUUUUGGCUGAUACUGAGAAAUUCGAUAACUUGCUCGACGAGCUGGCUAAUAAUAGUUUUGUAAAACCGGGAUUCGUGGAAAUCAUAAAAGGAAAAAUUUUGAAGUCAUUAGAAAGAAUUUUGGAUAGCCUAGCCCUAGAACAAGAAAAAGGAAUAACCAUCAAACUGAAUGCGGUCCAACUUCGUUAUCCCCCCGAAAGUCCGGAGCCUUACCUUUUUAACUUGAUUGAUACGCCCGGUCACGUAGAUUUUAUGUAUGAAGUCUCACGUUCUUUGGCAGCGUGCGAGGGAGUAAUUCUUUUAGUUGACGCCAGCCAAGGCAUUCAAGCCCAAACCCUAGCCUACUACGAAAUUGCUAAACAACUCCAACUAAAAAUUCUCCCCGUUAUCAACAAAAUUGACUUGCCUGUUGCUCGCACAAAAGAGGUCCAAAUUCAGUUACAAGAACUUCUCCACUGUCAAGAAAAAGAUAUAGUAUUAAUUUCCGCUAAAACCGGACAAAACGUAGAUUUAUUGUUGAAAAAAAUAAUUACUGAUAUUCCUUCACCAGCCUAA